AUGGCGAACCCUGAAGUUGAGGCCGUGCAAGUUUACUCAAAAGUCAUUGACGAUCUCCUGGAACGCGCUGCCCGUGCCAAACCUGAUGCGCAAAUUGAGCCCCCGUUGACCGAAGCGCUCCUGGGCGAACCGAUCUGGCAGGUCCCAGCGGAGUAUGAAAGCACCGUGAAGCAUUUAAAUCAGCAGACACGUUUUGCUGCGGUGGAAAUCGCAUUUCGAGAGAAGUUCUAUCGCACUCUGGCCUCUACUUCCAUCGAUGACCCUUCCUUCAUACACAUCUGGAACUUGCUAGACAUCGUCUCCAUAUUCUCAGAUAAUGAACAAUGUGAACCUGGCCUGAUUUUCUGGCUGAACGAGGAGCUCCUGGACAGCCAAACUAUUGACGGAUGCCGCAAAGUUUUUGACUAUCUGGAAUCUCGUCGAGAACGAAACAUCAAGAAACACUUUAAGCAGAAGAGCCUAAUCAUCUUAAGAUCAUGCAACGAGCUCCUUCGUCGACUGUCUCGUGCUGAAGACACCGUAUUCUGUGGACGCGUUUUCAUAUUUCUUUUCCAGAGUUUCCCACUCGGAGACAAAAGUUCAGUCAACCUCCGCGGCGAGUUCCAUACAGAAAAUGUCACCACCUACGACGAGUCCGUCAAAUCUGCCGACUUCGACGAGGGAGAUACCACAAUGACUGAGGGCAAUGACUCUUCACCAGCGGAAGGGCCUGUCGAGGGUACAUCUCAGUCAGAGGAGCCAUCGCAAGUCCCGAAAGUCGUGGUCUCCGCAGACCAGAAAGACAAAACGAAAGAAAAGGUCGAUCUAGAUGCACUGUACCCAGCGUUCUGGAGUCUCCAAUCCUACUUUUCCGCGCCAAGCAAGAUGUUCGACACCGCACGCUUUGCAGACUUUAGAGCUGGCCUCGAAGCAACGCUCUUAGCUUUCAAAAACAUCAACACUGAGCUUGAUAAACAGAACGGCUCACGGGCCUCAGAAGAAGCACGCAAGUCCAACAAGCGUAAGCGUGUCGCUGACGAGGCCGAGGUGGGGACAAGUUUUAAUCCCAAGUACCUCACUAGUCGAGAUCUAUUUGAUCUUGAGAUCAGUGACAUGGCUUUCAGAAGACAUGUUCUAGUCCAAGCUCUCAUUCUUCUCGACUUCAUGCUUUCGCUCACAUCCAAGGCCAAAUUACGUCUGGCCAACUUGACCAACAAGUCCGUGCUGUACGGUUUCGUACUGAGCGAAGAGGACGCAAAAUGGGCCGCAAGUAUGCGGAGGCGGAUUGAGGCUUAUUUGCAAGAAGGCCCCGGCGGAAAGUUCUACUAUCGCAUGGUCGACACGGUCUUGUCCAGAGACAAGAACUGGGUGCGCUGGAAGGCUGAAGGUUGUCCGGCAAUUGAGCGGCCAGCCGUCUCAGUUCCUGAUUACAUGACUGCGCGCGAGCACGCCACCAAGAUGUAUGCCAACAAACGCCUACGCCCAGCGCCAAUGGGAUCGCUGGACCUUAAUUUUCUUUCAGACGGCGAAGCGUUGGCCAACGUUGAGCGGCUCAAAGAGUCGGAUCGAUUUUCCGUUCCGGCUCCAGACACUUUCAUGAUGGGCAUCAUGGAUGACGAAAUGGACAUCGACAUGGCGCAGACUCCAGAUGAGAAAGAAAUCGCAUCGAUGGCCAAGUCCAGCAAGACUUGGCGCAUUCUCCGCUUGUCGUCAAAAACAAAGCUUGCUGCUUUCGACAAGAUUCAAGAUGGGAAUAAUCUCAAGGCCUUGUUCGAAACUUCCGAGGCCCCAACAGAGACACCUCAGCCUACCGAAGGCGGCGAGUCUAUUACAAACCCGGCUGAUGAGUCUGCACAAGGUACUCCCAUCGACAGCUCGCUGGGUGAUGAUGGAGCGCAAGACGCCGAAGAUACCCCUAUGGAAAACCAAGACGCCACCGAAGAGACACAACAAGUAGAAGAGUCCCCGGAACCCCAACCGAAACUCAAUGUGGCUAUCGAAGAGAGUAUCACAGAUGAACCCGACCCCGUCGCUUCUAGCGCGUCCCUCGGAGAUAAUCCCAAGGAGGAACCAGCAACGUGA